AAUUCCAAAUAGGACCUUGUGAAGGAAUCCACAUGGGAGAUCAUCUCUGGGUGGCCCGUUUCAUCUUGCAUCGCGUUUGUGAAGACUUUGGAGUGAUAGCUACCUUUGAUCCCAAGCCCAUUCCUGGAAACUGGAAUGGUGCCGGCUGCCACACCAACUUUAGUACCAAGGCCAUGAGGGAGGAGAAUGGUCUGAAGUACAUUGAGGAGGCCAUUGAGAAACUAAGCAAGCGGCACCAGUACCACAUUCGUGCCUAUGAUCCCAAGGGGGGCCUGGACAAUGCCCGGCGCCUAACUGGAUUCCACGAAACCUCCAACAUCAACGACUUUUCUGCUGGCGUGGCCAACCGUAGUGCCAGCAUCCGCAUUCCCCGGACUGUCGGCCAGGAGAGGAGGGGUUACUUUGAAGACCGUCGCCCCUCUGCCAACUGUGACCCCUAUUCAGUGACAGAAGCCCUCAUCCGCACGUGUCUUCUCAAUGAAACCGGAGAUGAACCCUUCCAAUACAAAAACUAAAUGGACUAGACCUCAGCCGUCAAGCCCCUCCUAGUUCUGCCUCCCACUCCAACUCUUCACCCUCUGUGUUGUCCCGCUUGUCCCGAUUGUAACUCAAAGGGUGGAAUAUCAAGGUCUUUUUUUAUUCCUCAUGCCCAGUUAAUCUUCCUUCCUUUGGCCAGGAUAGAGGUGUUACGUUUUUAAUCUCUUCACCCCCAGCCCCCUUUUCUUGACAGUGAGGCUUUUUUUUAAUGCGCUAAUGGGAAGGGGUGCCUAUCAGGCAUGGCUGUGGGAUGCAGCAUGUUCUGGGGGAGCAGGGAGGUACAUUUUCUUCAAGGUUGCUGAAAGAGGAGGCCUGGUGAGGUUAGGUUAGAAUUCCCCUUUGUGUGGAAAGCUCUAUUUCUUAAGCUAUAACUAUAGAGAAGGUGGGGUGGCCCUCAGCGAGGGAAAUGCCCUGGUCUCCUACUGCAGCACUUCCCUUGCUUGGGGCUGCAUUCCCUUCCGUGGACACAAAGCUGGGUAAACUGAUAGAAAGCCCUGUCUUAAAGAAAAAGAUCUUAGUGCUUGGUCCUUCAUUUAUAACACAAAGCAGAGUAGUAUUUUUAUAUUUAAAUAUAAAAACAAAAAAAUUAUGGGUGUGUGGGUAUGUGUUUUUCUAAGGGAGGAAACCAUCCUGGUCACUGGGUGCUAAAUUUGAAGCAAAUACUUUGGUUUAGAAAUUAAAGAGAUCCUUUGGAGCAGGGGUGGGGAGUGUGGUACUGGGAAAGUUGGUUACUAGGGGCGCUUAGUCUUCAUUAUCACUUAAGGGUUGCCCUGCCCUGUUCACCCUUCUUAAGGAGGUGGACCCUGGACGGCUGCCAGGUGAAUGACAUUACUGGUGGUCACCUGAGCCCAGUGGCGAGGUUUAAGACCCACAUAAUUGUCCAUGGGUUUCUGGGAGCGAGUUGGCUGGCCCACAUGAGAGCGUUCCUGCAGAAAGCAUUGGGUUAUUUUUUGGUGAAACUAGCAUGUCACUAAAGCAGGCCUUUUGAUACAUUAAAUUUUUUAAAAGCAAAACAGAAGUUUAGAUUUUAAUCAAAUUUGUAGGAUUUCUAAGUCUAAUUUUUCAAAAUUGUCUGCUUCAACCAUCUCUUUCCACUCUCCUCUUGGAGGAGUUGGGGACAGGGCUGGAGUGAAAAUACUUGUAAUGUUGUAUCCUAGUGUCUUUCCUCCCAGUGCAGAAUAUUCCUUUCUUAAGAUUCCUAAGGAGUUAUUCCUUUUUUCUUUUAUAAUAAACAAGCCCCCUCUCCAUUUCCCCUACUGUUCCCUGGUUUUUGUGCUGGCCACAGCAGGCCAGCUGUGGUUUUCUCUUGCCAUGACAACUUCUAAUUGCCGUGUACAGUAUGUUAGAAUUAGAUAACUUCUUGUUGUAAACAAACUGUAACUGUCCAGAGCAGCGCUUAUAAAUCAACCUAACAUAAGAUCUC